AUGGGGCUCAUGACCACAAGCGACCAUGGCCACAAGAAGGACGAGAGCGGCAGUGGCGGCGGCUUCAUGGACAAGCUGAAGAAGCCCUUUCGCGACCUGGAGGACAAGCUCGAGGGCACCCAUUUACACGACGCAAAGGUCCACCUAGUGCACAAGAAACACCAGAUUGGCAAGCUAGCCAACCUUUUCAACGCCAACCAUCGCCACGACGAGGAGCACGAAAAGGCCACCGACGACAAGCGAGCCAAGAUCGCAGAGGAGCACCGCUUCGAGUCCUUCUUCCCGGAGCGCGACGGCAACCUGAUCAAGUGGUACGUCGACGGUCGCGACUACUUCUGGGCCGUGUCAGAGGCUCUCGAGGCCGCCAAGGAGACCAUCUACAUCUGCGACUGGUGGCUAUCCCCCGAGCUGUUUCUGCGCCGGCCCCCUCACUACAAACAAGAAUGGAGACUGGACCAGGUCCUCAAGCGCCGCGCCGAGGCCGGCGUCCAGAUUCACAUCAUUGUCUACCGCGAAGUCGAGGCCGCCCUAACAUGCAACUCCGCCCACACAAAGCAUGCGCUGCAGGCCCUGUGCCCCGAGGGUUCACCGGGCUAUGGCAACAUCAAGAUCAUGCGCCACCCAGACCACAAUGUUCUGUCCAACGGCGCCGACAUGACCUUUUACUGGGCCCAUCAUGAGAAGUUCAUCGUCAUUGACUAUGCCAUGGCCUUCAUUGGAGGUCUGGAUCUGUGUUUCGGUCGCUGGGACAGCCACACCCACCCUCUGGCCGACGCUCAUCCCGAGGGUAUCCAGAACGAGGUCUGGCCCGGACAGGAUUUCAAUAACAACAGAAUCAUGGAUUUCCAAAACGUCCAGGACUGGAAGCAAAACGAACUGAGCAAGGCCGAGUACGGUCGCAUGCCCUGGCACGACGUUUCCAUGGGUGUCGUCGGCCCCUGCGUCUACGACAUUGCCGAGCAUUUUGUACUGCGCUGGAACUUUGUCAAGCGCGACAAGUACAAGCGCGACGAUCGCUUCGACUGGAUCCAGCUACGCGGUCGCUUGGCCGAGGACGAAGACCUCGUAGGAGUCCAGCGGCCUAAGCAUCCUGUCGGAGAGUAUCUCACUCACCCUCUGGACGAGCGAAGUCUGUCGAACCUGGAGAACAAGGGAUCCAUGCAUGCCCAGGUUGUGCGCUCCAGUGCUGACUGGUCCAGCGGUAUUCUGACCGAUCACUCGAUCCAGAACGCCUACUCCGAGAUUAUUAGCAAGGCCGAGCACUUUGUCUACAUUGAGAACCAGUUCUUCAUCACCGCAACUGGCGACCAGCAAGCACCCAUCCACAACACAGUCGGCCGUGCCAUUGUCGAUGCCGUUGUGAGGGCCGGCAAAGAGGGCCGCAAGUUCCGAGUCAUCGUCCUCAUCCCCGCCAUUCCCGGUUUCGCCGGCGACCUCCGAGAUGAUGCCGCGACCGGCACCCGUGCCAUCAUGGACUACCAGUACAAGUCAAUCUGCCGCGGAGAGCAUUCAAUUUUUGAGCAGGUCAAGAAGGAGGGUGUUGAUCCCAGAAACCACAUUUUCUUCUUCAACCUGCGAUCUUACGACCGUCUCAACCGGACAUCGGCCGUGGAGAAGAGAGAAAAGGACACUGGCGUUAAAUACGCCGAAGUGCAGCGCGCGCAAGCCGAAGAGAUCAUGGGCACAGGUAUCCAUGGCAUCAACGACCCCACCGAAAAGGAACGCGAUGAGCACAUGGGCGCCAAGGCCGAACAAGUGGGCGGGGGCAAGCCCGCAGAGGCACAGGAUGCAAUUGACGCCAAGAAGCGCUUCGAGGCUAGUCUGGGCGACGCCGAGCUGAACGCCAAAACCUCGGUUGCGCAGCACGCCAUGGCCAACUCUGGUUCGAUCGAAGAGGAGCCGUGGGAUGACGAGGACCCGGAGACCGAGAUUCGCAACUGGAUCCAGGAAGAGCUCUACAUCCACUCCAAGCUGCUCAUCGUGGACGACCGCAUCGUCAUCUGCGGCUCCAGUAACCUCAAUGACCGCAGUCAGCUUGGGUACCACGACAGCGAGCUGAGUAUCGUCAUGGAGGACACGAAGCGCAUCCCCAGCACCAUGGACGGGAAGCCGUACGAGGCGGGGUGGCACGCGACCUCUCUGCGUCGGUAUCUGUGGCGCGAGCACCUCGGUCUCCUGCCGGCGCAGGAUCUGGACGGGUCCAAGGACCCCAACUCGCAACCGCCGGGGCACUCGCCCAACGACGCAUGGGACCGCGAUGACACGUGGAAGUUUGUCGAGGAUCCCAUGAACGACGAGUUGUGGGAGAUGUGGACGGGCAAUGCCACCAGGAACACGGAUCUAUACCGCCACCUGUUCCACGCCGAUCCGGAUGACCACAUCAAAACGUUUGAUGACUAUGACAGAUACCUGCCCCCCAAGGGAGUCAAGGCUGGCCACAUCUUCGACCAGUUCAUGCCCGCGGCGGAUGCGCGGCAGAAGAUUGACCAGAUCAAGGGCCACCUUGUGUGGUUCCCGCUCGACUUUUUGCGGGACGCUGAGAUGGCGGAGAAGGGACUUCAGGUGAACCAGAUCACCGAGAGUAUCUACACUUAA